AUGUUAGUUGGAAAAACUACAUUGAAAUUGAAUGAGACGAUAACGGUUUUGAAAGAGAAUGACAAGAUAAUGGGAAAUGAAGGCGCUUCAAAGGAAAGUCAACUACUAGCUGUGGGGAGUUCUGAAAGAGGGAGGAAAAUGAAGAGUGACCGUGGUGGAAGAUCGAAAUCUCGGUCGAGAGAUUACAGCUCUGUUGAAUGUCAUUAUUGUAGAGAGCUUGGUCACAUUCAAAAUUACUGUCGACUUUUUAAAGAAGACUUGAGAAUCCUGAAAAAUUUGAAGGGUAAGUCGAAAGUUGAGAACUCCGCGAACGUGGUCAAUUAUGAAGGUGAUUUACUUCUUUUAAAUACAAAUCCUGUUGAGAAUUCUAAUUGGGUGAUGGAUUCUGCUGCCGAUGUCCAUAAAUACAUUGAAAGAGUUCGCUUGAAGCUCCACAAUGGUAAUGUCAAAAUAAUUUUUAAUGUGAGGUAUGUGCCUACUAUUGGAGCUAAUGUUAUUUUAUUGGGCGAGUUGGCUUCACAUGGGCAUAGAUAUGUUGACACUAAAAAUCUAUGCAAAGUAUACAAGGGUGACAACUUGAUUAUGCAAGGGAGGAAGAAACAAAACAUCACCUAUUAUCUAGAUGGAUGCACCUUGCGAGCAAAUGUGGAGAACAACAAUGAUAAUCAGAAAAUCGAGAAAAGAGUUCAUUUUUCUGACAUGAACAAGAGAUCUAGAUCUCUUCUUCUUCCUCUUCCGCCGGGGCCGACAGGUUUUCCGAUCAUCGGUUGCCUUCCAACCAUGGUCAAGAAUAACAUACCGACAUUUCAAUGGAUGCACAAAUUCAUGCGAAAAAUGCGAACCGAAAUCGCUUGUUUCCAUCUCGGAAACACCUAUUUCAUUGCGGUUACAUCCCCCGAGCUAGCUUGCGAGUUCUUGAAAAAGCACGACGCAAUUUUUGCGUCAAGACCUAAGGUGAUGUCUUCGGGAUUGUUCAACAAAGGCUACACAUCAACAACCUUUUCGCCAUUAGACAACCAAUGGAAGAAGAUGAAGAAGGUUCUUGUAACAGAAGUGCUCUCGUCUUCGAUGCACAAAAAGUUUCACGAAAAAAGGCGCAAAGAAGCUGAUAGAUUAGUAUGGUAUGUUCAUAGACAAUGCUCGAAUGAACUCAAUGAUGGGAUUGUCGAUGUAAGAUCCAUAGCCCAACAUUAUUGCGCCGGUGUCAUCAAGAGAUAUAUUUUCAAUAAGAGGUCUUUUGGAAAGGAAAAGAAAGAUGGAAGCCUGGCAAUCGAAGACGUAGAACACAUGGAGGCAAUCUUCACAGUCUUAUUUCAUCUCUAUGGAUUUGCAAUUGCUGAUUUUUGUCCAUGGUUAGAGGUGUUUGAUUUCGAUGGGGUUAAGAAGAUUAUGACAAAUGCUAUUGCCAUUUUCAAUAAAUAUCACGACUGUGAAAUUAAUCGAAGAGUCGAAAUGUGGAAGAAAGGGAUUGCAAGUAACGAAGAGGAUAACAUUCUUGACGUAUUGAUCAACCUCAAGGACUCGGAAAACAAUCCCUUGUUGACAAUACAAGAGAUCAAAGCACACAUUGAUGACAUAAUGUUAGCUACGAUCGACAAUCCAUCAAAUGCGGUCGAGUGGAGUCUUGCAGAGAUGAUCAAUCAACCAAAAAUCCUCGACAAGGCGCACCAAGAGCUGGACUGCAUAGUCGGUAGGGAUAGACUUGUCGAAGAAUCGGAUCUCCCUAAGCUCAACUACAUCAAAGCAUGUGCUAAAGAGUCAUUCCGGUUGCACCCUAUAGCCCAUUUCAAUCUUCCUCACGAAUCAUCGAAGGAUGUUGUCAUUGGAGGCUAUUUUAUCCCGAAAGGCAGCCAAGUGUUACUUAGCCGUCGUGGCCUUGGGCGCAACCCUAGAGUUUGGGAAGAACCACUCAAGUACAAACCGGAGCGCCACAUCACCGGAAAUGGGGACACCGGCGAGGUCAUGCUCUCCGACCAUGAAUUAAGGAUGUUCUCGUUUAGUACAGGUCGGCGCAGCUGUCCCGGGAUCAUGCUUGGCUCUACUUUAACAACCAUGCUUCUGGCCAGGCUUAUCCAAGGGUUCCAUUGGAAGGCGCCACCAAAUGGGCCGGCAACAAUCGAUUUAGGCUCGCCGGAGGAUGAUAAUUCUCUAAUGAAGAAGCCACUUCUUGCUCAUGCGACGCUGAGGUUAGAACCACAAGUUUAUCUUCAGCUCCAUUCUUGAGUAAUAACGUCGCAUCAAUGGGUUGGGUACAGCCGGCCCUGGGCCGGGCGAGAGGCCCAAUAUAAAUAAGAAGUCCGUUAUAUAUUUAUAUAUAUAUACAUAAUUUUU